CUAUGAAACUUGUAUAAGCUGACCUAUUCAAACAACCAACAAGUCGGCUUCUUCUCCGUCUCUCUUCGAAGGAGGCACCGACGAACGGUGGCUGGGCCGCGACUGACGGCGGUCGGCGGUCUUGCUCCUCCACGAAGAUCGGUCCAACCGAAUCCAACACUCGAGCUAGAUCCAGGCAUUCAAACUCUGUUGUCCAUCCCCUACAAGUCUCCCCCCAAAAAAGCUGAAAAAUUGGAAAGAAGAGCCCGGCGGGGUCCCGGGAGCACAUCUUCGAUCUCUCCAAGCUGUGAACAAACAAUAAAACCUUCCCAUCUGUUGUCUGCUCAAUCUAUAGAUCUCUGAAGUCUCAUCUUUUUAAGUAUUCACAUUUUGUAGUAUUCAAAUAGUAUCAAGUUCAUCAUGAAUUCAGACUCAGAAUUGCUUGUUGCUGAAAAAGGAGAGCACAUCUUUAAUGCUAGUGAGCGGAUAAAUUGCCUCAAUAAUAUGGCCAAAGAACUAUCUGCAUCAAAUAAUCACAUUGGGAGUAAUAUUCCUGAUGUGGUCAACUUGAAGGUUGGAAGUGCAGACAUAAUUUCAGAGCUGAUGAAACUGAACAGUUUGGAGAGUUCAUCCACCCGAUCAUUGUUUACUGCUGUGAAUAAUAUUCUAGAUGAAAAUAUUGAGAGAAAGAAUGGGGAUAUACCUCAGUCUGUUUUAGCUCUGCUAAAGCUGGUUCUGCGAGAAAUUGAAUCACGUGUUUCGAAACAAUCGGAGAUUUUGAGAAAGCAAAAUAACCUCUACAAGUCUCGUGAAUUAAAAUAUCAAUUAAAAGAUAGGGCAUUGGAAACCCUUAUAGCAGGAACUGCAGAGGAACAUGAGAUUGAGAAGGCUAACUUUGAAGCAAAGGAAAAACUUAGCAAGGACAAAAUUUCUGCAUUGCAGAAAGAGAAGGAUUUUUAUGAGAUGAAAAUUUGUUCAUUGAAUCAUGAUUUGGAGCUAAACAAAAAGACAUAUGAAGAGAAAUGUAUGCAGUUAGAAACACAGACAAAUAAAACUAGACUCGAGUUAGGGAAGAAGAUUAUGGAACUUGAGUGCCUUCUGAGCAACUCAAGGAAAAAGGUCGAAGAACUUGAAGCUUUUUCAGAAUCGAAGUUUCUGAAAUGGAAAACAAAAGAACAUGGCUAUAAACACUUCAUAGAAUCCCAGUUUGGAUCAUUACAGGCAUUGAAAAUGGCAUCUGAGUCCUUAAAGCAGGAAGUUUUGCAGACCAAGGAAAUCUAUGCUGAAGAGCUAAUCCGCUUUGGACUAGAUCUUAAUGGGCUAAUAGAAGCUGCUCAGAAUUACCAUACCGUACUUGACGAGAAUAGAAGACUGUACAAUGAGGUUCAAGACUUGAAAGGAAACAUAAGAGUGUAUUGUCGAAUAAGGCCAUUCCUGCCAGACCAAAGCCAAAGGAAAACAACUAUGGAUUACAUCGGUGAUAAUGGAGAACUGGUUGUUGUGAAUCCUUUGAAACAAGGAAAAGAUAGCCACCGCAUGUUCAAAUUCAACAAAGUCUUUGCUCCUACUGCCACUCAAGAGGAUGUGUUUCGGGACACCCAACCGUUAAUCCGAUCUGUUCUUGAUGGGUACAAUGUCUGCAUAUUUGCAUACGGGCAGACUGGUUCUGGUAAAACAUAUACUAUGAGCGGACCCAGCAUUUCAUCAAUGGAGCACUGGGGUGUGAACUACCGAGCUUUGAAUGAUCUAUUCCUCAUUUCUCAAAGUAGGAAAAGCUCGAUAGCAUAUGAAGUUGGUGUUCAAAUGGUUGAAAUAUAUAAUGAACAAGUCCGUGACUUACUAAGCACCGAAAGCACUCAGAAAAGAUAUCCUCAUUUUGUCAUUAUGCCUAAGAUUUGUAUUCUCUAGACUUGCUAAUAGUCACAUAUGCAUGUUCACACCCAACCCCAUUUUUCAGUCCAUGGAUUUGGUGUGUUGGCUCACUUGAGCACAUCAACUUCCAAUCAAACCUAUGUGGCGGCUUUUUAUUUUUAAUUUUCGCCCCAUUGUCAUAUUUUUGUCAUGCCUUGAACAUACUCCUCUCGUUUAUGUUAGAAAUUGGAGAGGCACUAGCAAAUUGAGGCAUGAGAAGAAUGAGACGUGAAUGCAAUAACAAAGGCUCAAUAGGUUU